CAGCGAAGGCGGUAACAGUUUGAUUGACAGCGCUUUCGAUACUCCUCCUCCAGAGGCGCUUAAAUGACAGGCGCGUGCAUGUGAGUUCGCGUUGACGCCAGUACAGAGAGGGAUGCUGUAGAGCAGCUCAACUUCCACCAGCGAGACUUAUUCUGUUUAAUUUAUCAUUCGUGCCUCAACCAUGAAGACCAUACUCGCUGCAUAUUCUGGUGUCCAAAAGGGCUCAGGCUCCAGCAUCCUCUCUGCCUUACAUGACCUGCCGUCCGUCCCCUGGCUGACACGAUCCAAGAUCGUGAAACAUCUGCAGAUGAUCUCCGUCCUGCAGUUUGUCAUGACAUUUCUUGCCAUGGGCAUUGGCUGCUCUCUGCUGCUUAUGUACAUGUUUUGCACUGACUGCUGGGUAAUUGCCGCCGUUUACACGGCCUGGCUCAUCUAUGACUGGAACACCCCAAAGCAAGGAGGCCGCAGAUCGACCUGGGUGAGAAAUUGGACUGUGUGGACAUACUUUAGAGACUAUUUUCCCAUAAGACUUAUCAAGACGCAUAACCUGCUUCCUAGCCGAAACUACGUUUUUGGCUACCAUCCUCAUGGCAUCUUCUGUUUUGGUGGUUUUUGUAACUUUGGGACAGAGGCCACAGGAUUCUCCAAGAUAUUCCCCGGAAUUAAGCCAUCUCUUGCCACAUUGGCUGGAAACUUCCGCUUGCCAGUGUUUAGGGAUUACCUGAUGUCUGGAGGUAUCUGCCCUGUAAAUCAAAACUCCAUUGACUACCUCCUGUCUAGUAACGGUACUGGCAAUGCUGUGGUCAUCGUGAUCGGAGGGGCUGCAGAAUCCUUGGACUGUGCCCCGGGGAUGAACGCCGUCACGCUGAAAAAACGCAAAGGCUUUGUGAAACUGGCCCUCAAGCAUGGUGCUGAUCUGGUGCCCGUCUACUCAUUUGGUGAGAAUGAGGUUUACAAACAGCUGAUUUUCAAUGAUGGUUCUUGGUGGCGUAUGGUUCAAAAGAGGCUUCAGAAGAUGUUAGGCUUUGCCCCGUGCCUGUUUCAUGGUUGUGGACUGUUCUUCCCAGAGUCAUGGGGUUUUGUACCUUACUGCAAACCCAUCACUACUGUUGUUGGUGAACCCAUCACAGUUCCAAAAAUCGAGGAGCCGAGUCAGGACGUCAUAGAUAUGUACCAUGCUAUGUACAUCAGGUCCCUCAAGUCUCUCUUUGACAAUUACAAGGCUCGUUUUGGUCUAAAUGAGAGUGACAUCCUUCUAAUUCAAUGAAAGAAUGCAUUGAGGAAUAGUAAUAACUUUAUAAAAGAACACUCUGGAACAUCCGCCCCCUAACUAAAGUGCCUGUUCAGAGAAGGUGAAAGAAAUCAAUGCGGUUUCUAUUCAUUCAAUAGUGUAAACAGUACUGAAAUGUACUGUUCUACAUGGGAUGCAGGGAAUCUAGCCUGUGUCACUUCUGCUCAUCGCCACUGGGUGGCAAUCCACAAUAAAUACUUUGCAGACUGCUGCCAAGUAUAAUCUAGAUUUCUCAGAUGGUGGAUGUAUAUUCCUCAAUAUAUGGCAAUAUAUAUAUUACAAGUAAUGUAUUAAAUAUUUAAUUUAAAUGCUGUACUAGAUAAAAGUGUUUGCCCCAUUAUAUUAUUUUUAAUGCACAAGCAAUGCAAUUAUUGGGAGUUUUGCCUUACUAAAAAGCCAAAGGGUGGUUGUGUAACCAAAGAGUGGAGGUGGAUUUUGGCCUUGUGUUAUAUAGCAACUAACCAAAAAGGAAAAUUGUGACUCAAUUGUUGGAAUAAUACGUCAGAAUGAAGGACAGGAAAUUGUGCUUUUAAGAAAAUGAUCCCUUAUUAAUCAUAGCUCUAAGGUUAAAGUGAAGUCUAGGAGGUGAAGCUGAUAAUGAAUGUUUGUAAAUGUGUGAUGGUACAGUAUUAUCAGAAUACUAAUGAAUGCUGGUUAUUUUUC